UUUUGUACCCAACCCAAACCUUCAACUAUCAUAUCAAGUUGAGUUCCCCAUGGGAGGCCACGAAGGUUUCAGCAACCACCUCUCCUCCGCCACAUGGUUCUCUCAUUUCUGUGCUUCAGCUCGCCGAUUUAAAUCAUUGGCUCCUCCGUCAUCUCAGACUGCCACCUCCGCCGACUCUCUGGUUCGUCGCCUCGGCCUUUUCGACCUCAUACUGUUGGGCGUCGGCGCUUCCAUCGGCGCCGGUGUCUUCGUCGUUACCGGAACCGUCGCCCGCGAUGCUGGACCUGGAGUCACGAUCAGCUUCUUGCUAGCUGGAGCAUCGUGUGUGUUGAACGCUCUCUGUUAUGCUGAACUCGCAUCUCGUUUCCCUGCUGUUGUUGGUGGAGCUUACAUGUACUCAUAUUCAGCUUUCAAUGAGAUCACAGCUUUUCUUGUUUUCGUACAACUCAUGCUUGACUAUCAUAUUGGCGCCGCUAGUAUCUCUCGUAGUUUGGCAAGUUAUGCAGUUGCUCUCCUUGAGCUUUUUCCAGCUUUCAAGGGCUCUAUCCCUCUCUGGAUGGGAAGCGGCGAGGAGCUCUUCGGAGGGGUUCUCUCUUUAAAUAUCUUGGCUCCCGUUUUACUUGCUCUCUUGACCCUUGUUUUAUGCCAGGGUGUGCGAGAAUCUUCUGCUGUCAACUCCUUUAUGACUGCUACCAAGGUCGUCAUUGUUCUCGUUGUCAUUUGUGCCGGUGCUUUUGAAAUUGAUGUAGCAAAUUGGUCCCCUUUCGCGCCUAAUGGUUUUAAAGCAGUUCUGACUGGUGCUACUGUAGUGUUCUUCUCAUAUGUUGGAUUUGACGCAGUUGCUAAUUCUGCUGAAGAAUCAAAGAACCCUCAGCGUGAUCUGCCAAUCGGAAUUAUGGGGAGCCUUCUGGUUUGUAUCUCGCUGUAUAUUGGCGUAUGUUUAGUGCUCACCGGGAUGGUCCCUUUUAGCCUCCUCAGUGAAGAUGCUCCUUUAGCUGAAGCCUUUUCAUCAAAGGGUAUGAAGUUCGUCUCAGUCUUAAUCAGCAUUGGUGCUGUUGCUGGACUCACGACUACCCUGCUUGUUGGUCUUUAUGUUCAGUCCAGGUUAUAUCUGGGACUUGGAAGGGAUGGCCUAUUGCCUUCAAUCUUUUCCAGAAUACACCCAACUCUUCAUACACCUCUUCAUUCUCAAAUCUGGUGCGGCAUUGUAGCUGCCGUUUUAGGUGGCAUAUUUAAUGUACAUAGUCUUUCCCAUAUUCUGUCCGUUGGUACAUUGACUGGGUAUUCAGUUGUUGCGGCUUGUGUUGUGGCCUUGAGACUGAAUGAUAAAAAAGAAAGAGAGUCGGCCAAUAGAUGGACAUCAAGUUGGCAGGAAGGUGUCAUUUGCCUUGUUAUAAUUGCAUGCAGUGGUUUUGGUGCUGGCAUACUAUACCGUUUCAGUGCUUCAGUUAUAUUUAUUCUCCUCUCCGUUGCUGUGGCAAUUGUUGCUUCAGCAGUUCUUCAUUUUCGCAAAGCUUAUGCUCAGUCUCUGGGUUCUGGGUUUACCUGUCCUGGUGUACCCAUUGUGCCAUGCGUUUGCAUUUUCUUCAAUAUCUUCUUAUUUGCUCAGUUGCAUUUUGAAGCAUGGAUAAGAUUUGUUGUUGUCAAUGUGCUUGCAACUGCUGUUUAUGCCUUGUAUGGGCAGUACCACGCAGAUACAAGCACUGUGGUUUAUCAGAGGGCACCUGAAACUGAAAGCGAAUCUUAUUAAUGCUACACUAUUAUAGCUGUGUUGCUUAAACGGUGCAAGCCAUUUGUUGACUGUAGAUAGCAAGUUUCUGUGUUGCGUGAGAGACAUACAUAUUCUGUUUGAGUGUAAGGGAUUGAAUGGGAUGUGAGGAAUUUAGAUAUUAUUAUUGUAAUUUGUAAAUAAAACUUGAAUAUAAGUAUGCUCCUGCAUUUCGACUGAAGCCUUGAGAAUGACUGAAAAUGGGUUUUGUCACU